GCCAGACAGCUCCCAAGACGCACUGCCCUGCUCGGCCUCCGCUCUUUCCUCCACCCACCCACCGAACACCUGGUCAGUUUUGUUUUUUUGGCCUGUCUCCCUGGGUCAGCACUGCACUGCGACUGCACGGCGCUGUUCUGAGCCUAAGCCUGAGCCUGAAGCUGCACUUGAAAUCCUUCCAACCUCCUAACCAACUUGACCUUUCGCUGUGGUUGAUUCACUUCACGCUCACUCUUCUGAAACUUCUUCGUUGCUACCAACCUUCCAUCGCCAAUUUUGUUCACCACCCGUUCCCUUCCCUUCCCCUUCCCCUUCCCCUUCUACGCCUUUGUCCCUAAUCAACCUCCAUCACCACUACUACUACCACCACCACCACCAAACCACCAACACGUUCAUUACACACACCAUAAUUGCACAUGCUCUUCUGCUUCUGCCAACCAACCUCCACCUUAGGCUCAGGGCAUUGAUUGCACUUCCAAGCGACCGCGACCAACCGUUACCAUACCGCUCUGUUCCCCCAUCUCCAUUGGCGUUGCCCUUCCAAGUUGCGCAAUUGUUCUGAAUAAGCAGGUCGGCGCUAGUUCCCAUCAUCCCGAACUCUACCACGCUGCCACUGCCACUGCCACUCUGGGCUGCCACUCUGGGCUGCCACCCCUUCCACUCAAUUCAAAGUUGGAAUUGCCUCUCACCACUCCGACACCCCAAACCAUCUUUGCCAGCCAAACCUUGCUGUCGUCACUACAACAUUCCAUCACCAUCUAAUAAUUCCGAGUACACCUAAAAGACACCUGCAGUUCCGGGGCAGUCAAGGUGACCGCCUCUGUACACUGCCAUCCGUGCCUUCCGGUACCCACCCUUGGCCUAGCCGCGAAAUUUCCCAGUAUUAGGAUCACCUCCUUUGAGCCCAUCCCUCGGUCUCGCUCUUCACGAAAACCAUAAUAACGACAUUAUAACGUGUUGACGACCUCCGCGACCAGGACGACGGAUUUUACGAAAGAGAUUCCACUCACAUUGUCCACAAAGUGGAGGCCGAUUCAGCACUCCCGGCGAGGGCCUCGCCCAACCUCAGUGGACGCUGACCCGUGGUCGCCAUGGCGCCUUCUCUCCUAGUGCCCAACUCGGAAGAGCCAGAUGACGCUCCUUUGCCAACGAAAAGAUUACGAUGGGCUACGCAGAGGGUAAAGGGAAAAUCAGGCACGCGAAAACGAACGUCAAUCAUUGAUCGCUUGCAUAAUCGAGGUUCCAACAGCGAGAAGAAGAGGGAUUCCGGCGGAGGAGAGUCGAUGGGAACGGAUCUAGGCGGAAUUCCAGAAGAACCAGAGCAACCACCGGAGGAAGAUGCAGACCGUGAUCGAGAUGGUCAAGGGCCGCGAACCAUUUUGUUCAAUACUCCGCUACCGCCGGACGCCGUUGAUGAUGAUGGCCUACCUUUGAAACACUAUCGGAGGAACAAGAUCAGAACCGCAAAAUACACGCCAUUGAGUUUUGUUCCCAAGAACAUAUGGUAUCAAUUCCACAAUAUCGCGAACGUCUACUUCUUGUUCCUCAUUAUCCUGGCGGUAAGAUUGGUGAACUGUGCCAACAGAAAGCUUAGCUGACAACAUCUCUAGUUCUUUAGUAUUUUUGGAGCUUCAAACCCAGGUCUGAACGCGGUGCCUCUAAUAGUGAUUGUUGUAAUUACCGCCAUAAAAGAUGCUAUCGAGGAUUCCAGAAGGACGAUUCUCGACAACGAAUUGAACAACUCGCCCAUCCACCGAUUAGUGGAUUGGAACAAUGUUAAUGUUAGCGCCGAUGAUAUUUCGCUGUGGAGAAGGAUCAAGAAGGGAACCAGUCGCUAUAUGUUGAAGAUCUGGCAAAAACUACCAGGAAAAAAGCCCGCAGGCGACAACGCAAACGAUCGAGGGCCGGACGAACGUCGAGGGUCAUUGGAGACGGUGGACCCAAGGCGCCAGUCGGCCAUUUCAACAAACACUCACCGAACGAGUUUUGCUUCUGCAAGGGAGGAAAUUCAAAUGACUCCAGUUCCCUCGCCACAACCCCGAGCAGACGGCUUGGAGGUGCCAGAACCAGACCGCCCCAAGACCGCGUUCUCCUACGAUGGGGGCGAUGAGAGUCCUGCCGAAAGACAUUUCGGCAGUUUGAUUGAUCCCGACAAGUCCAUAACCGGCAAGGCUCGGUUCCAUCAAGAUUACUGGAAGAACGUGCAGGUAGGGGACUUUGUUCGAAUUUACAACGAUGACCAAAUUCCCGCAGAUGUGGUUAUUUUGUCCACCUCUGACCCUGAUGGAGCUUGCUACGUGGAGACCAAGAAUUUGGACGGGGAAACGAAUUUGAAAGUGCGACAUGCUCUUCGUAGUGGUCGAAAAAUCAAACAUGCACGCGAUUGUGAGAGAACGGCAUUCCAGAUUGAAAGCGAACCUCCGCAAGCCAAUCUCUAUCAAUACAGUGCGGUUGCUCGAUGGACGCAACAUGACACCAAGGAAUCGAUGGCCGAGCCAAUUUCAAUCAACAACCUACUUUUGAGAGGAUGCAACCUGAGAAAUACUGAUUGGAUUCUUGGUGUGGUUGUCUUUACUGGAUUUGAUACGAAAAUUAUGAUGAAUGCUGGUAUUACCCCUACCAAAAGAUCUCGCAUUGCCCGUGACCUGAACUGGAACGUCAUUUACAAUUUCAUCAUCCUAGUGGUCAUGUGUGCGGUGUCUGGAGUGAUCGAGGGCAUCGCUUUUGGCGCCGGCAACAAUACCAUUGCCUUUUUCGAGUUUGGAUCCGUUGGAGGAAGUCCAGCUAUGGAUGGAUUCAUUACUUUUUGGGCUGCCCUGAUUUUGUUCCAGAACUUGGUUCCUAUUUCGUUGUACAUCACCCUGGAGAUCAUUAAAACGCUACAGGCCUUUUUCAUUUACAGCGACACCGAGAUGUAUUAUGAGCCGAUUGAUUAUCCUUGUACGCCUAAAUCCUGGAACAUUUCAGAUGACUUGGGACAAAUUGAGUACAUCUUCUCCGACAAAACCGGUACCUUGACCCAGAACGUCAUGGAGUUUAAGAAAGCAACGGUCAAUGGUAUACCAUAUGGAGAAGCGUAUACGGAAGCCCAGGCCGGCAUGCAAAAACGUCUAGGCAUUGAUGUCGAGACGGAAGGCGCUCGAGUUCGGGAGGAAAUUUUACAAGCACGUAUCAAGAUGUUGAGCGAUCUCCGAAGACUCCAUAACAAUCCCUAUCUUCACGAUGACGAUUUGACCUUUGUUGCCCCUGAUUUUGUGUCUGACCUGGCUGGUGAAUCGACUCCCGAGCAACAACAAGCCAAUGAUCAGUUCAUGCUCGCCCUCGCUCUUUGCCACAGUGUUAUAGCCGAAACCACACCAGGUGAUCCACCUCGAAUUGAGUUCAAGGCGCAAUCCCCCGACGAAUCUGCUCUGGUUUCUACUGCCCGUGAUUGCGGUUAUACGGUUCUUGGAGAUUCGGAGGAUGGAAUUCGAUUGAAUGUCCAAGGCGAAGAUAGGGAUUACAAAGUUCUUAAUACCCUCGAAUUCAACUCCACCCGAAAGCGUAUGAGUGCGAUCAUCAGAAUGCCGGACAACAAGAUCAUCCUUUUCUGCAAGGGAGCCGACAGUAUAAUUUACUCCCGUCUGAGGCCUGGUGAGCAACAAGAAUUGCGUAGAGCGACGGCAGAGCAUCUUGAAAUGUUUGCCCGCGAAGGUCUUCGCACACUUUGCAUAGCUCAGAAAGAGCUGGACGAAGAGGAGUACCAGGAAUGGAACAAGGAGCACGAAAUUGCUGCAUCCGCCAUCACGGACCGUGAAGAGAAGCUUGAAGCUGUAUCCGACCAGAUUGAACGUAACUUGACUCUACUGGGAGGUACGGCCAUUGAAGAUCGUCUACAAGAAGGUGUACCCGACACAAUUGCUCUUCUCGCGCAAGCGGGUAUCAAGCUGUGGGUCUUGACUGGCGACAAAGUAGAAACCGCUAUCAAUAUUGGUUUCUCAUGUAAUCUUCUUAACAACGACAUGGAACUUAUCGUCUUUAAGAUUGAGGACGAGCAAGUUGCCACGGCUGAAGCGGAGCUAGAUAAACAUCUCCAGAUAUUUGGAAUCACUGGAUCCGACGAAGAGCUCAAACUCGCCCGGAAAAGUCACCACCCCCCAGCACCAACACACGCCAUCGUUAUCGAUGGUGACUCUCUCAAACUGGUGCUGGACCCAAAACUAAGACAACGCUUCUUGCUACUCUGCAAGCAGUGCAAAUCUGUCUUGUGCUGUCGUGUCAGUCCUGCCCAAAAGGCUGCUGUGGUUCAAAUGGUCAAGAAUGGAUUAGAUGUGAUGACAUUAUCGAUCGGAGAUGGAGCCAACGAUGUUGCCAUGAUUCAGGAAGCCGAUAUUGGGGUAGGUAUUGCCGGAGAGGAAGGUCGUCAAGCUGUCAUGUCAUCUGACUACGCCAUCGGUCAAUUUCGCUUCCUGCAAAGACUUGUGCUUGUCCAUGGUCGCUGGUCGUAUCGAAGACUUGCGGAAACCAUUGCCAAUUUCUUUUACAAGAACGUGAUCUGGACCUUCACUAUUUUCUGGUACCAGAUCUUUUGCGACUUUGAUAUGACUUACCUCUACGAUUACACCUACAUUCUACUGUUCAAUCUGGCGUUUACAUCUCUGCCCAUCAUCUUCAUGGGUGUUUUGGACCAAGAUGUAAGCGACAAGGUGUCUCUCGCAGUUCCACAGCUGUACAGGAAAGGAAUUGAGCGUAAGGAAUGGACACAGCUGAAGUUUUGGUACGUAUGACUUCAGGCUUGUCGCAAUCAAUGCUAACCCAUUUUUAGGCUAUACAUGGCUGAUGGACUCUAUCAAUCCGUGGUCUGCUACUUCGUUGCAUGGCUUCUCUUCCGUCCUGCCAACUUCAUGACUCACAACGGGUUUGACAUCGCUUCCCGAGAACGGUUUGGUGUCUACGUUGGCCCCGCAACGAUCAUUGCUAUCAACACCUAUAUUCUCUUAAACUCUUACAGAUGGGAUUGGCUGAUGCUGCUACUUGUCAUUAUCAGUAUCCUCCUUGUCUGGUUUUGGACGGGAGUCUAUUCCUCCUUCACCGGCUCGGGAUACUUCUACAAGGCAGCAGCGGAAAUUUUCGGGCAGCCAACCUUCUGGGCAGUGACAGCUCUGUCUGUCAUCCUUGCUCUUCUUCCUCGAUUUACAGUAAAGGCCGUACAAAAGGUGUACUUUCCAUAUGAUGUCGACAUCAUUCGGGAGCAAAUUCGACAAGGAAAAUUCAAAUAUCUGGAUGAACCUGUCCUCUCCUCUGAAGAGUCCGUUCCAAAGGAGUCAUCAUCAUGCUCCUCUGAUGUGCCAAAGACGAGUAAGCACACCUAUUAUCCGAGCCUUGAUGAAGAUCAACGACCCAUUUACCCUCCUUCAGUAACUCCGACCGCUGCCACCACCCAUGUCGGACGAAGCCAGAACGGUAGCGAUGGAACCGAUUUCACACGCCAUCGACAAUCACUUGAAGUCUCGAAUCCCCCACCUGCUGUUCGCCCAUCCAUCGACAGAGCCCGACCAUCGUUCGAUCGCAUGCGAGCCUCGAUGGACCGUUGUCGACCAUCAUUCGAGGCAAGUCGUGACUUCACCUCGGCUGCUUUACUGACUCGUCUUGAGUCAAGCGCGUCAGGUGUCGUUCCAACACGAAGCAGGAUGAGCCAGUCUUAAUGUUUGCCGUCGUUGCUUGCCUUUUUUGAAAAAAAGUUGAUUAGCGAGAUGACUUGUACAUUACAUUGUUUUUCCUUUUGUUUCUUCUUACAUAGGCUCUUUUAGCAUAAUGAUCUGCAACGAGCGAUCUAUACGACGACGGGGUUGCCGUACCUACGCUUUUCGUUUUUGUCGUUUUCUCUUUUCUGCAGCACAUGCAUUCGGCGUUCUUACGGAGUUUUAUAAAGCCGGAACUUCUGGAGGCUGGUCGGGUCUGUUAUUGGGAUUCUUUUUUUGUUGUUGUUUUUAAAACUCUUCGUCUAUGCUUCUUUGUUUUUUUUACUAAGGGGGAAAUGGAAACACUAGAAUCUCACCAACCCUGUUUGAGGGCGUGAUGAAGGAAUGGACGGAAGGGAGGAAAGGAGGAAAGGAGGAAAGGAGGGAGUGAGAUGCCGGUGGGUUGGGUCGGGUCUCUCUAUGGAAGGGACCGCCCCCUUCUGUAUAUAGAGAAUGAGAGUGCAAAUAAUUUCAAUCAUAAAAAUGAAC